AUGGUAGCUAGCAUCAUGACCUCUCCAAUGCCGGCCUGCCACAACCCGAGGGCCAGGUUGUACACUUCAACUAAUUUCGCCGGAUUGGUGCGACGCUUUUCCCCCCUGUACAACAUUGGACAGGCCAGAGAUGAUCGCCCCGACCCGCACUCCACUAGCCCCCUCUCGGCCCGCACUGUCUCCCAGGGGGGGCUCCCUUUUGAGGACAUGCCGGACGACGAUCUCGACCUCGGCGAGGUGACGAUGCACGACCUACACCUACAAAGGCCAUCUCAGCCAGCCUCUCGCGGCUGCCCAGAGGAGACUAACGGGCACGACGUGAUUUGGUUUGCGCGGAGUCUGUGCAGACACCUCCGCAGCUGGGGAGCCGGUGAGGAGACGACAUGGUGGCGGCCUUGA